CUUCGUAGAAAGUCAUGUAUGAGUGUGUAUAAAAGAAACCUUUUCACCAUCGAAAUGCAUUACAUGCCUAAAAAUGAUUGGGAAGAAUGCAUAUCUGCUUUGUUUCGUUUUGUUGUGUGUGGUGUACAGCAAACGCUCCGAGUGUAAGAGUAUAUUCAGUAAACCAGAUGUUAUCAAAACCGAAGAUCUCGAGAAAGGAGGGUGGCAGAUGAUUUUCCGGGCAACAUCCGGUAAUAAGCAGAGCGUGUAUGAUGCUUGGACGAAAGGUGUUGGCACAAAUCAAGAUAAGCCUAACACGAUGGAGCGGUCACGUGGUUUACACUAUCGGGAUCCUAUUGUUUCUGGCUGGGCAAACCUUGGUAUACAGUAUGUAAAAUUAGCCCUCUAUAACCAAGAUGGCGAGGUGGCUCACGUGAUCUUUAACGGAAGAGGAAGUGACGUAAACAACUGGUUUGAUAAGAAAAAGAUCAUGUCUUCAAGCUAUUCCGAUCUGACGUCUAUUGACGCUUUCAAUAUUUUCUCAAUAGUUGGAGAUUACCGACAAGGUUCUCUAGAAAGGCGAUUUCUCAUAAACCGUUCUUACGCAGGGUGUGACAAAGAUAUCGGACACAUUGCUGUGAUAGAUACGAAAACUAUUCCUGCGAAGGGAUGCACGUGGGAUCAACAUCCAGUUUACCCACAAUUCCUGUAUUCAUUGAUUGAUGCCGCUGAUGUUUGGAAUCGUAUGCAGUUUGGUAGAGCCGAUUUCAUGGCAGUUUUUAUUAAAACUAGUAACUAACUAAAUGUCACAUAAUUAUUUUGUUAUUUACAAGAGUAUGCAAAAUUUCAAACAACAAUAAGAAGUCCCAUCAUGGUUAACGACGUUUUAUCUUCUCAUACAAAAAUUGCAUAUUAUUGUUGUAAAUAUUAAAUCAUAAUAAAGUGAUAUAUCAUGAUAAA